AUGAUAGCAUCCGGGGUUUCCGACGUGGGCACGGAUAAGGGCAAGGAGCCGGACAGAAAGACAGACGAUGCACCCGACAGCUUGCGGUACCAGAUCUCGGCGAAGGAGCGGCACAUCGCAGAGCUGGAAUUCCAGCUGCAGCAAGCGCGGAAGGAGCUGCGGGAACUGCAGACGAGGGCAUCCGGUAAGAAAGAGGGCACGCCGGCGGCCAAUGAGUUCACGAGGCUGCUGCACAAGAAGAUGCAGGAGGUAAACCAGAGCCCAGCGGUGCGGCGGAGCAAGGAGUCCAUCGAGAACUUCCUGCAGGAGGUGCAGAGCGGCUCGGGCCCCUUCGUGGGCGGCGCGGCGCUGAAGACGCGGCUGCAGUCCCUGAAGCCGGGCGGGGCGUCCGAGCAUUCGCUGCGCGGAUCUACGGCGGAGACCGCAGGGGCAGCGGGCUUCUUCGGGAUGCUGAAGGGGAAGCUGCAGGAACUAGCGCUGGACGAGGAGGAGGAGAGCGAGUUUGACCGGGAGAUGAACAACUCUGAGACUUUCUAUCUAAAGGACAAGCUGGACUACGACUCCGAAGAGGAAGUGCUAUCAGAGGAAGUCGACAACAACUUCACCGGCAACAAGUACCCGCAAAAGUUGACCAACAAGCAUACGUAG